AUGCUGAGCAAGGGCUUGAAGCGCAAGUGGGAGCAGGAGGAGGAGGAGAAGGAGACCUUGGCAGUGGACACCUGGUGGCUGGAUUCUGGUCACCCAACAGUGGCACAGGCUCCGCAGGCAGUGGCCUCCAGCUCUCUAGUGGACCUCUCAGUGCUUAAACUCCACCACAGCCUGCGACAGAGUGAGCCAAACUUGCGACAUCUGGUACUGCUAGUGAACACACUGCGGCGCAUCCAGGCAACCAUGGUGCCCGAGACCUCCCUGUCACCUGUGCCCAGCCCACCUGCUGCCCCUGGAGUAGUUGACAGCCUGCUGGCCAGCUCAGAUGACCUCUCGGCCUCCAUGGCCAGCCUCCUGGAGGACCUCAGCCACAUUGAGGGCCUAAGCCAGGCCCCCCAGCCCCUGGCAGACGAGGGGCCACUAGGCCGCUCCUCAGGGGGAGCUCAAUCAAGCUUGGGUGCCCUGGAUCUGCUGGGCCCAGCCACUGGCUGUCUGCUGGAUGAUGGACUGGAAGGCCUCUUUGAGGACAUCGACACUUCUAUGUAUGACAGUGAAUUUUGGGCACCAGUCUCUGAGAACCUCAAACCCGGGCCUGUGGAGGAGCCGAGCAAGGAGGAGACCCCAGAGCUAGACGAGCUGGAUUACCUCAUGGACGUGUUGGUGGGCACACAGGCGCUAGAGCGGCCACCUGGGCCAGGGAGUUGA